CAUACACUCUACAAUCAUCUGAUUAGUAGCUCAAUAGCAGUGUUGUCCCCCAACAUGAACGUAUUGCUCAUCCCCUCCGGCCUUCGUCCGGCUCGAACGACGGCGCUCCGACAGCUGGCCCAGAACCAUAGCCGGUCAUACCACCUGGCACCCACGACGUCGUUACGAUCUCGAAACCCUGUCGGCCGCUCUCUCUCUCUCCGUUCAACAUUGAUACGAUUGGGACCAACGCGUGCAGGCACCUCGGUCCUGGGCACACUCAGAUCCUAUACGUCGUCGCCUACACCGCUCCCUCCUACCCCGGCACAGCAGCCCAAACAAUCCUCCGAUGAGACCGAGGUGGAACUGAGAGAAUCUCCAUGGACGAUCCCGAACGCUCUGACGACCAUGCGUAUCCUGGCGUGCCCCGUGCUAGGCUACUUUGUCGUCAAGGGACAGUUUGAUUAUGCUACCGGUCUGCUCGUCGCGUGCGGAUUCAGCGAUUGGCUCGACGGCUGGAUCGCUAGGCGCUUCAAUAUGCGUUCCGUGUUCGGGACCAUCCUGGACCCCGCCGCGGACAAGACGUUGAUGACCACCUUGGUCGUCACUCUGGCAUAUAAAGGACUCCUUCCGGUCCCCCUUGCCGUGAUAAUCAUCGGCCGGGACGUCCUCCUCUCCCUCUCGGCGUUCUACUACCGAUACAUCUCCCUCCCUCCUCCCAAGACCUUUGCCCGGUACUGGGACUUUGGGAUCCCGAGCGCCGAGGUCAAGCCGACGCAGAUCAGCAAGUAUAAUACGGCGCUGCAAUUGCUGUUGAUGGGCGUGACGACGGUCAGUCCGCUCUUGAGCAUGGAUAUCGGGUUGGGUCUGCAAGGAUUACAGUGGGUCGUCGCCGGCACGACCAUCUGGAGCGGGCUGAGCUAUGUCGGCCGCAAGGGUGUCAACAUUAUCAAAAAGUGAUACCGUCGAUUGUUUGAUUCAUACCAUUCCGGGCUGUCUACCUGUCACACACGCACAAGCGACCGAUUGACAAUCUAUAUCA